GAACGACUCCAUCCCCCGCCCGUUUCCCCUGGAACCUUCACCACAUUUCCUGAACAAGUUGUGUGUGCGGCCCGACAUCGACACCGUGCUGCUGGACAUAGGUGCAGCAGGGAAGGCUUAUAUUCAGCCUGAGCAGCUGCGGGACUUUGUGAACAGCCGCCAGCGAGACCCCCGCCUCAAUGAGGUGCUGCACCCCCCCCUCAGCGCUCAGCAGCACGGCUCCUCAUUGAAGAGAUACGAGCCAACACGCAGUUCCGGGACAGGUGACCGCUGUCUGAUGGAGGCUUCGGUCGCUUCCUGGGGGGGGGAGGAGAACAGGGCAUCGUCCCCCGAGACCCUGGGGCUGCACCAGGAUAUGGGGCAGCCAUUGCCGGCCUACUUCAUCAACUCAUCACAUAACACUUAUCUAACUGCGGGUCAGCUGACGGGCAGCUCGUCGGUGGAGAUGUACCGGCAGGUUCUGCUCAGCGGGUGUCGCUGCAUCGAGUUGGAUUGUUGGAAGGGGAGACCCCCCGACGAGGAGCCAUUCAUCACACACGGCUUCACCAUGACCACCGAGAUCCCAUUCAAGGAGGUGAUUGAGGCCAUUGCUGAGAGCGCCUUCAAGACGUCCCCGUAUCCCGUCAUCCUGUCCUUCGAGAACCACGUGGACUCCGCCCGUCAGCAGGCCAAGAUGGCGGAUUACUGCCGCUCCAUCUUCGGGGACGCGCUGCUGCUGCAGCCACUGGACAAGUACCCGCUGCAGCCCGGCGUCCCCCUGCCCAGCCCGGAAGAGCUUCGGGGCCGGAUCCUCAUUAAGAACAAGAAGAGACGGCACAGACCGGAAGUUGGAGCGCCGCCUACUUCCGCUUCCGCUUCGACCUCCGGCGACAGCGCCACCCAGCGGCGGAGACAGGGAGAUGCAGGGAAUAAUGAUGGAGACCCCCCUGACGCUGCGCUGACCCCAAAUGGGGACGAACGACCCCAAAAGUUGGGAGAACCCCGAAAGUCCAUCGACCGCGAUGCUGAGAGCGAAGAGGAGGAGGAGGAGGAGCCGGAGCUCAGGAAACCCACAGGGGAGGAGGGCACAGCGAGCAGCGAGGUCCGUGCGAGUGAGGAGAUGUCGACGCUGGUCAAUUACGUGGAGCCCGUCAAGUUCAAAUCCUUCAGCGCUGCCGCCAAGCGGGACAAGGCGUUUGAGAUGUCGUCGUUCGUGGAGACCAAAGGGCUGGAGCAGCUCACCAAGAGCCCCACGGAAUUCGUCGAGUACAACAAGCGUCAGCUGAGCCGGGUUUACCCCAAAGGGACCCGAGUGGAUUCAUCCAACUUCCAACCUCAGCUCUUCUGGAACGCAGGCUGCCAAAUGGCCGCCCUCAACUUCCAGACCCUCGACGUCCCCAUGCAGCUGAACCUGGGUCUCUUUGAGUUCAAUGGCCGCUCUGGGUUCCUCCUCAAACCCGAAUUCAUGCGGCGUCGGGACAAAAGCUUCGACCCCUUCGCUGAGGACAUUAUGGACGGGGUGGUGGCCAACAGCCUCAGCGUGCAGGUGAUCUCGGGGCAGUUCCUGGCUGAGCGCCGUGCCGGUUCCUAUGUGGAGGUGGAUCUUUUUGGGCUCCCGGUCGAUACCAGGAGGAGGUUCAGAACCAGAACCGUGACGGGCAGCGCCUUCAACCCGGUGUGGGAUGAGGAGCCCUUUGUGUUCAGUAAGGUGGUGCUGCCCUCUCUGGCCACGCUGCGCAUUGCGGCCUAUGAGGAGGGGGGUCGGUUCCUGGGGCACCGGGUGCUGCCCGUGGCUGCGCUGAGAUCCGGUUACCACUACGUGUCGCUCCGCUCCGAGUCCAACAUCCCGCUGGGUUUGGCGGCGCUGCUCGUCAGGACCGAGGUCAGCGACUACGUUCCAUCCGGGCACUUGGAUUACGCCGAGGCGCUCAUUAACCCCAUUAAACACGUGAACCUGAUGGACCAGAGAGCGACGAGGCUGGCGGCGCUAAUGGGAGGACAAAGGGACGACCUCAUUGCCAGCAUCCUCACAGUUUCCGGAAUGCGAUUUGUGGCUGAACUGGAGCUCGGACGAAGACCCCAUAUAGGCCCCAUAUUGACCCCCAUAUUGCCCCAUAGCGCCGAGGGGCUGCGGCUGCUGAGGGAGGAACAGCAGAGAGCGGAGAGAGGGUGUCAGAGGGAGCAUCUGCGGCAGGCGCAGCAGAGGCUCCGGGAGGUGGCGCUGGAGGUUCAGGCAGCACAACUGAAACUGCUGCGUCAAACCAGCGAGAGGGAGAAGAAGGAGCUGCAGAAGAUCCUGGAGCGGCGCCGCCAUCGCAGCAUCACGGAGGCGCGAGGAAGGGGGGGGAGGCAGCAAACGUAGGGAGACCCCCACCCUAAUUAACCCAGGGGACCCUUAAUUACCCCCCAGGACCCCCAAAU